AUGUUCAUCCUCACGCUUCUCUUAUCGUCGCUGGUCAUCUCAGUCUUGGGUUGCGAUGACCACGCUAAAAAUUCGAGCAUUCCUCUCAGCACUCGAAUCCACUGGAUGCGUAGGGCGAAUGCAGCGCUAGCAGAGCUCUCGUCUCCGUGUCCAUUUGCCGCCUUCGGGACAGCCAUCGUGAAUCAUACUGCCGGAGGUCUAGGCGAGCUCGUCUGCAUCGGAAUCAAUUCCAACAGUCUUCACGGAGACCCAACGCUCCAUGGAGAAAUCGCGGCAAUUCAAAAUUGCUCAAAGGUCCUGACCGACCCUGCUGGGCCGUAUAAACUCAGCCCCAGAGACGCGAUUUCAGCCUUCAAGCAGCUGAGCCUUUACACGAACGCAGAGUCCUGCCCAAUGUGUGCAUCCGCCGUCCGUUGGGCAGGCUUCCGGGAAUAUAUCUACGGCACGAGCAUCAAGGCAUUGAUAGACAACGGUUGGGGACAAAUCAGCAUUAGCUCAAAGGAGAUCUUUCGACAGUCGUCCGCCCUCUCCUCCAACACUUCAUUCAUCCCCGGCAUCUUGACGAACGAGACGAAUCCCCUAUUCUUCUGGCAGUACGAUGUCAAUGCCACUUGCCCGACUGGGUGCUCCAGGGUGAAUAGCACUUGUACGUUGACAGCCUAA